CUCCAUUAAAGGGGAGGAGGGGCGCGGGGGCUGCCGGGAAUUGUAGUCCCCAGCUUGAACUUGUGCCGUUCCCCCCAGCGGACCUGGAACUCCGAGUCCCGGCAGGCACCGCGGCCAUGCGCAUGCGCCCCGAGUGUCUGGAGCUGGUCUAUUAUGCUGCUUGGCUCCGGAUAAAAAGAAGAUCCAGUGGAGGGGCCGGACGGCCAGCGUUACGGGAGCUGCCUGGCGGGGGAGAAGUAAUGCAGUUCCCAUUGCUGUGUGUGUGUGUGCGCGCUGUGAGCGGCCCGGGAUCCCCCCCUCUCCCUCCAUGGUAGCGGCCGCUCCGGGCUUUGUGCGCGGAUACAAUGUAACAAAGCGAGCCGCAGCCAGCCGCCGCCAGCCGCAGCCUGGAUACAUUGUAACCGCGUCCUGCCGGCGGCUCCCACUGAGGGCCGGCUCCGGGGGGGGGAGGAGGGAGGGGAGCUGUGUGUGCGGGGGGGGGGCUCCCCGGCGCUCGCUCUGUCUCUGCCCGCGGGCUGCGCUCCCCCCCCCCAGCCCCGGGAGCGGGGCACAGGUUCCUGCCCGCCAUCUUUUAAAGGGGGAGGAGGGGGGGAGGGCGGAUCGCUGAGCCCGGAGAGCAACUAGUCCGCCUGGCUGUGAGAGGAACUGCGAUCCCAGGCUCCGUGCUAGGCCUCGGGACACAGCCUCCCCCCCGGCCAGCACGGCGCAGGCAGUGAUUAUGGUGUCUGAGGGAACCUGUGUGGGCAGAGCCAAGAUCUCAGGUGCUGUGUGUCCUCUCUGUCACUGUGUGUGUGUGUGUGUCCCCUCUCUGUCACUGUGUGUGUGUGUGUGUCCCCUCUCUGUCACUGUGUGUGUGUCCCUUCUCUGUCACUGUGUGUGUCCCUUCUCUGUCACUGUGUGUGUGUGUGUGUCCUCUCUGUCACUGUGUGUGUGUGUCCCUUCUCUGUCACUGUGUGUGUGUCCUCUCUGUCACUGUGUGUGUGUCCCUUCUCUGUCACUGUGUGUGUGUGUGUGUGUGUCCCUUCUCUGUCACUGUGUGUGUGUCCCUUCUCUGUCACUGUGUGUGUGUGUGUCCCCUCUCUGUCACUGUGUGUGUGUGUCCUCUCUGUCACUGUGUGUCCCUUCUCUGUCACUGUGUGUGUCCUUCUCUGUCACUGUGUGUGUGUCCCUUCUCUGUCACUGUGUGUGUGUGUGUGUGUGUGUCCCUUCUCUGUCACUGUGUGUGUGUGCCCUUCUCUGUCACUGUGUGUGUGUGUUCCUUCUCUGUCACUGUGUGUGUGUCACUGUGUGUGUGUCCCUUCUCUGUCACUGUGUGUGUGUGUGUGUAUGUCCUUCUCUGUCACUGUGUGUGUGUGUCCUCUCUGUCACUGUGUGUGUGUGUGUGUCCCCUCUCUGUCACUGUGUGUGUGUGUGUGUCCCCUCUCUGUCACUGUGUGUGUGUCCCUUCUCUGUCACUGUGUGUGUCCCUUCUCUGUCACUGUGUGUGUGUGUGUGUCCCCUCUCUGUCACUGUGUGUGUGUGUCCCUUCUCUGUCACUGUGUGUGUGUUCCUUCUCUGUCACUGUGUGUGUGUGUGUCCCUUCUCUGUCACUGUGUGUGUGUUCCUUCUCUGUCACUGUGUGUGUGUGUCCCCUCUCUGUCACUGUGUGUGAGUCCUCUCUGUCACUCUCUGUGUGUGUGUGUGUGUUCCUUGUCUGUGUGUGUCCUUUCUCUGUCACUCUGUGUGUGUGUGUGUUCCUUGUCUGUGUGUGUGUUCCUUGUGUCACUCUGUGUGUGUUCCCUCUCAGUGACUGUGUAUGUCCCCUCUCAGUGACUGUGUGUGUGUGUUCCUUGUGUCACUCUGUGUAUGUCCCCUCUCAGUGACUGUGUGUGUGUUCCCUCUGUGACUGUGUGUUUGUGUUUACUCUGUGUGUGUUCCCUCUGUCACUCAGUGUGUGUGUCCCUUCUCGGUGCCUGUGUUCCCUGUGAGCACCCCCUGAUUGAAUAGGUUGCUACUGACAGGGAACACACAGACUGUGUUCCCAGUCAGCAGAAAUCGUACACCCCAUUCAAAGUAAGUUCCCGGUCAGUGGUGUGUUCCCUGACUGAGUGUUGAAGUUGUACAAACUUGCUACAUCCUCAGGACAAGUGUUAAGUGGUGGAAUUCUUGUAGUAAAGGAUGUAUUGUUGAACAGUUGAAAUGUUAAAAUCUAUGCAGAAACUGCCUUAAAUGCACUAAUAUAAUUAAUGCAAACUAUUCUAUAUUGGUAACUUCUUGUUUUGCCCUACUUGUCUGGUAUGUUGAUGUUGUUUAGUAGCAUGAAUUGGUACAUUCCCUUGGUAUCUACUGUACUGCAUAAACUUAGAUAAAAGUUUAAAACCAAGGAUGGACUUGCUUGAUAUACAUAUUUUCCCCCUUCAAUUCAGUGGUAUUUAUCUUGUGUCAUUAUUGCAUGUCUGAAAUGGUAAAAUUACUUAAUUGUAAUUACUAAAACCAACCUGUUUACUGAACUCCAAAAUAUGAAUUCAUUUUUUUUUAAUUUUUUUUUUUUUUUUUUUCAUAAAUAGUUACUUAUAAUUGUCCUAAAAUUAAGUCAUCCAAAAUGUCACUCUUCUUCAAUUUAUAGUGUCUGGGUUUAGCAGGCUCUGUCAGGACUGUCAUCCUUAAAAGUUGAACUACCCUGAAUGGCUUACAAAUCAGGCUGUAUAAAGUGUGCCAUAGUUUGACAAACUUUUUUUUUUUUUUUUUUAAACUAAUAUUUGUGAUUUUAUAUUUUUACAAGAUAAACUUGUUUUCCCAGGAGGCUGUAGAAGUUUGUAAUUUUAUAAACAUUAGAUUUAUAUUGGUAUUUGAAUCUGCUGGAUUUUGCUGCUGGUUUAUGUUAUGCUGUUGUGUUUUUUGUUUUGUUUUUUAUCUGCUGGUGGUAACUAGACAUCUCGUUUUUUCUUAAUGUGUCAAUGCAGAUGUGCUAACAUUUAUUAUGGCAAACUUCUGGCCUCUGCUUUGACACAUAUUUGUUUGUAUAUCUGUUAGUCUAUAAUUAAACAUUUUCAUUUAAUAAUCAAAAGUUGCUGAUGGUGUUGGGUUAUUUUUUGGAAAAAAAAUUUUGUGGCUUUUUUUUUGUUUUUAUAAACCAAUUUGGAAAUUAAUGUGUGUGUGUGUGUGUUUAUAUUUUAUAUUUGUGUGUAUAUGUAUGUGUCCUCUCUGUCACUCUGUGAGUGUGUGUAUUACUUUAAUUGUUAAGUGUGCUCUAUAUUUUAAAGUGAAAUAUUGAAUAUUUUAUUAAAAAAAGUAGUCCAAAAUUCUAAAAGAUUUUUGCAAAGCAUGUUUUGUAUUGCAGUUGAGAAGUAUUCACAGACUGAGUACAAUGUAUUCUCAAUAGUUUACUGUUUUUUGAAAUGUCUUUAGAUUAGUGACUUUUGCUAUAUAUUGUAUAUUGGAUGCUAACCGUUUUGAUUGUUUUAAUAAAUUACUGCAUUUCUAUUUGUUGUUUAUGUAAUAAGUGUUUCUUCAAAUAUUUUUAGAUUAGGUUUAGUUUGUGGUAUUAUUCUAAAAAUCGUGCCUCUUGUGUAUAAUUUUGUAAACUGGUGCCGAGAUAGGUCAUUUUAUAUUGUUUGAGCACUGUACAUUUAGAGUCUUGUAUUCUCACAAUGUAUCUUGUCAUGCUUUAAAUAUUACAUUUUGUUAAUGGGGGGAGGGGGGGCUAAAUUUUAUUAAAAACAAAGAUUUUGGCUGGUUUACCCACGAGCACCAGACUGAAGUCUGGCUUCUACACUUUAUUUUUUUUUUCUUUAUCUGAAAAUAAAAAUGUUAAUGUGCACCCCAAAACAAAUGCCACCUAUUGCCAUCAUCACAAUCUGUCCUUUAGAGAUCUGAUUCUAAAAUCAAAUAACCCACUCAAUUAACCAUUGCAGGUCUGUAUAGAGGCACCAGUGGUAAAUAAACAGGCCCUCCAUUGUUACAUUGUCUAGGGACCUGGAAAUGAUGGCAACAUAUAGCUCUUAGUCCUUAAUGUGUUAAAUGCAUUACUCAAGUUCCCCCACCCCCCCUCGUCACUUAAAUAACUGUUCCUAAUAUGUGUAAAGUGGCUUAAUGUUUUGAAUUGUCUAGAAAUCUUUGUGUGUGUGUGUGUGUGUGUGUGUACAUUUUGCUUUUGUGGAUUUGUACUUCCUAAGGAUAUAGCACUUGUCUAGAUUUAAAGGGAUAUUAUUCAAGUGCUUUAGUCUGUUUGGGGUCACCUAUUGUGCCUUUAUUUAUUUAAGUCCAGCAGGAAGUUACAAAUGAGUUUCAUGUGGGAAGAUUGCAGCAGUGUUCAGAGCUUUGCUCACAAGAGCUUACAAUCUAAAGCGAGUUGUCAAACCUUUGCAGUGCAGUUGAACUCAGACUGCAGUUCUCAUAACUCCCACAGAGCUUGAUGGAAUUGUAGUCUAGUAUUUGAUUAGUCCACCCUUUGUUGUGUGCAGUGAAGAUGUGUAACUGUACAUAUUGAGAUUAGUUCCUAUCUCAGUAGAGUAUACAAUGUUAGUAUAAUAGCCCUUUGGGGAACACAUGUAAAAUUAGUUAUAUAACCUCUCCACAGGGAUUGCGGUGUGAAUAUAUGAUGGAUUAUCCCUCUUUUGGGGAAUAAGAUUGUUUUCCUCAUCUGUAAUUAGCCAAGCAGCUCGUAAACGUUGCUUCACCAGGAAACCUGAUUCUCUUGUUUUUUCUUUUUUUUUUAAGAAUAACAAGAUAAAAAUGGCCCUGAUUGCAGUCUACCUAUGUUGCCAAGCAUGGCACUGGCAAAAACACCACCCUCCUUUAGUGUGGGGGGUUGGGGGGAAGGGGAGGCUCUACAUGUUUUAAUUUGAGUUCAUCAUUUGUUUAAAAUGUGUCUGCUUGAAGUUUUUUGUUGUUGGACUAUAUAUUUAUCUAUAUAUUUUAUUCAGUGUCUCCAAGUCGCAUAAUAAAGAAUUUGCAGCUCUCCUGUUGUUUGGCAUAUUAAAGGCCAUGUGCUUUCAGACUCCACACCCCUCUCUGAAAGUAGAUACAGUACUUUCAACUGUAGUAGAGAGUCAGGUAUUACUGUCUCCUCUAAAAUUCAAAGUGCAACUUUCACAAACAAAAAACACAGCGGCAUUAAACGUGUAUGUUAUAUCAGCCGGACUAACAUACGCAUGGAUUUCUGUGAAUAUUUUUUAUUUCCACGCUAUUGGAGUUUAGUUUCACCAAACUCUUUAGUUAUGUCAUGGUUUUUCUUUUUUUUUUUUUUCUUCAAGUGCUCCGAACACAUUAGCAUCAUGGCGUCCUAUAACUAUUAUGUUGGCCAAGUUUUGGGGUCUGAAAUAAUUUAAUGCCACGGUUUGGUUUUUGUUUAACAAUACAGCAAUAAUGAGACUGGUAAAUGUUACUGUCUCUCUAAAUCUUCAGGGUGCAAAUAUUGCCCUUUGUAGUUUUGGAGCUAAAAUAAUGUUCUCUUUUUCCCAGACAGGACAAAAACUACACGCUCAGUAUUUUUUGGUGUUUUUACAGAGAAGACUGACAUUUCUGCCUGAAGAAUCUGUCUUCUGUAACCAAAGGAAGUCCAUUUAGAAGAUGAAAGUUAAACCAUCUUCUAAGGUUAAAAAAUAUUUUAAAGGGACACUAUAGUCACCUGAACAACUUUGGCUUAAUGAAGCAGUUUUGGUGUAUAGAACAUGCCCCUGCAGCCUCACUGCUCAAUCCUCUGCCAUUUAGGAGUUAAAUCCCUUUGUUUAUGAACCCUAGUCACACCUCCCUGCAUGUGACUUGCACAGCCUUCCAUAAACACUUCCUGUAAAGAGAGCCCUAUUUAGGCUUUCUUUAUUGCAAGUUCUGUUUAAUUAAGAUUUUCUUAUCCCCUGCUAUGUUAAUAGCUUGCUAGACCCUGCAAGAGCCUCCUGUAUGUGAUUAAAGUUCAAUUUAGAGAUUGAGAUACAAUUAUUUAAGGUAAAUUACAUCUGUUUAAAAGUGAAACCAGCUUUUUUUUCAUCUAUAAUAAAUAUAGAUUCAUUCUGAAAGUAAUUUGGAAAGCAUUAGUGUUCUGCCGCUUUCAGAAAUUCUUACUUCUACUUUUUUAUUUUUUUCAUAGGAUCUGAUUUUUGGAAAUAUGUGCAACAGGCAGAGCUUUGGUCCAGAGCUUUGUUUUUAUAUAUUUCUUGGAAGUUUCUCACUGCCAUAUGUCCCAUGUCAAGUUAUGUAACUAAAGUUUGGAAAUAUAAAAUUGUCGCCCUCCGAAAUGGAACAUGAUUGUGAUCUGUAUCCCUGGAUACACUGAAUUAAAAGAUGUAUGGACACGGUGGUCCCCAGAAAUCCUUGAAAGCUGCUACUAGUUAGUAACCACUAUUACUCUGUUGCCACAGCCAAGGAUUCUCUAUCUCUUGUGUUUGCAGCCUCAGAAUAAUUGGGCUCUUUGCUGCAGUGUUUAUAGCUGUCUCACCCAAAUACUAGCUGAGACUUGGUGAUGGGUGAUGAACUGGUUUAUUGGUAAAAUGUCACCUUUUCUAACUGGGGUGUCAAUUGAAGGUCUCCAGGGAAAACAAUACAAUUGCGACUUCACUGGCACCUUGAGGUCUGUACCUGAGCCGCUAAUUUAAUUAGCGGUCAGACACCUUGGCAUUGGGGCACAAAAUACAAUAUAACUUUGGUUCUCAUCCCCACAACCCCACACAACCGGUGUCUCCAGGAAGCUUGGAUCAGAGCACCCACCAGUCCAAAAAGCACCUGGAUCGGAUGUGGGGGGACUGUAGGGGUAAAUGUUGAUUAGUCUUUUAAGAGAGGCGUGGCAGCUGGGGAGACAUAUGCCAGUCCUAGGUGGUCCAUCACAAUCGUGUGGCAACCUUAAAUCAUGGGUGCCCAAUAGGUCCCCAGAUGUUUUAAAACUACAGCUUCAAUAAUGCUUUGUCAUUCUAAAAACAUUCAGAGAAUCAUGGUAGCUGUAGUUCUACAACAUCCUGGGGAUCUAUCUUUUGGGCACCCCUGCUUUAAAUGGUGCAGUUUAUUGGUUUUUUUUGUUUUUUUUUCUGAUGGAGGAAGUGACCAGUGGUGUGCCUACAUAUACGGCGGCAGUACCCUGCUAGCACCAUAAACACUAAUGGGAUAGGACAGGCAUAGGCAACCUUCGGCACUGCAGAUGUUUUGGACCACACUUCCCAUGAUGCUUUGCUGGCAUUAUGGGUGUAAGAGCAUUAUGGGGGAUGUAGUCCACAACAUCUGGAGUGCCAAAGGUUGCCUAUCGCUGGGAUAGGAUGUUCUUUUAAAGGAUCACUAUAGGGUCAGGAAAACAAAUCGGUUUUGCCCCCACCCUCAGGAACCCCUCCUGUGGUGCUGAAGGGGAUAAAACCCCUCAGUUACUCACCUUCUUCCACCGCCAGGCUCCCUUACCUCUCCUCCACCGGCGUCAGCUCCCCUAUCUGACGUCAGCGGAAUGGAAUGCGCAUAUGCGCCUCUAGUGGCUGUCCGGAAGACAGCCACUAGAGGCUGGAUUAACCCAAAAUGUAAACAUAGCAUAGCCUGUGUGUUUGUCAAAUCAUUGACUUAGUGUGUGUGACCAGCCCACCUCUGCGCCAGUACUAACACAGUGGCUGAGAAUCAAGAGGAUUUCAGCCAACCGAAUGGCUUCAGAUAGGAAGGGGGGGGGGUCUAUUGCGCAUGCGCAGCAAAACGCCACACUGCACCAGUCAGCAGCUAAUCACAGAGAUGCAUUGAAUCAAUGCAUCUGUAUGAGGAGAGUUUAGCGUCUGUUUAGUGACUGCCACCAGAGAUGUAACUAGGCUAUAAUGUAAAUACCGCCUCUUCUCAAAAGGCAGAGUUUACACUCCUAUGGCUGCAGGGACUGGAUAGAGAAACCAGAAAAACGACAUUAAACUGUAGUGGUUCUUGUGACUAUAGUGUACCUUUAAGAAUUGUAUAUUUGUCGUUGAAUAUAAAGCUUAGUUAGUUUAAAAAUACCUGGCUCCUAACUUUUUUUAGCUGGCUCCUAGAUUCAAAGAAAAUAUGUCAAGCCUAGAGUUAAACAAUAUAUAAAAAAGAUACAUGGGUAGAAAAUAUUAAUAAUGAACACUUCAAGCACCAUAACAACUGUGGCUGUAUAUCACUGUAGUUGUUAUGGUGCAAGUAGUGCCCUGGCGCCACUCCCUUGUAAGGAGUCUAACAGGUUUUGAACGGUUUGAUUUCUUGCCUGUGGUUGGCAGAGUGCCACUACCUGCCUCCACUGCCAACCUCCAAGUGCAGGAGGUUCCGAAACAGGAACUUCUGUCUGCUAUACAGGGCUUAGCUCAGGACAGCUAACAGAUCUUCCUUCUUAGUUAGCAGGGGAAAGGUGCCCAGCACAACCCAGGUAAGAAGUCAAAAAUAAAUAAAACCCAACACUGAUUGAUUCCAUACAGUGGGUAAUAGUGAGCUGUAGUGGUUAUGGUGAUUGGGGUAUUCUGUUAAUAUGCAUUUUAACAGGAGUGAUGGAUGUGCAAGGCAAAUGGGCAUAAACGUUAGUUAAGUUGAUUCCACUAGUCUCGUUAUCGUCAAAUUAUCCAAGAAGUGAAAAAACACGUUUCUUCAUUUGGAAAUAAAUCAUAAAAAAAAAUAUUUAAUUUAACUUCUGGCAAUUGGUGUACUUUCUGACCAUUAUUUAAUUUUUACAUAAUAAAAAAAGAAAAAUGUAACCUCUGAAAAUAAAAUAGUAAACCAAAACAUAAAAUAAUGGUACCUAUUGAGCAACCGUCUGGCAUUUCUUUCUAGUGCUGUAGAGCUAUGAGGAUUAUGUGUAUAAAGUUCUAAGUUCACUAUAAUAGAUUUUCUGUGCUCGUGUCAUUCUUCUGUAUAAAACUUUACUACAUCCUUCACGCACAUCAGUGGUGCCUUUCUUGUAGUGCGCCAAAAUACUCUAUCUUACCUCUACUUUUUAUUCCUCUUGGGAUAUGUUUGGCUUUUUAUUAAAGAAAAUAAGAAGUGGUGCAAGAAAAUAAUUUCUACUCUGAUACAUAAUCAAAUGAAAUCAUAACAUUACUGUUAAAGGGACACUAUAGUCACCCAGACCACUUCAGGUCAAUGAAGUGGUCUGGGUGCCAGGUUCCUCUAGUCACCAUGGCAACUUGGCGCCUGGGAUUUGUUGAGCUUUGAUUUAACUUGGUUGCUUAAAUCAAACCUGCUCAGUUGUUCAAAAGCCUUCAGGAAUGACCCUUCUACCUCUAGAGAGAUUGAAACAUGGAUUGAUUUAAAGGGACACUCCAGACCCCUAUAGUACUUCAGCUCACUAAAGUGCUUUAUGUGUGAAGCAUGUGUCCUUUUUGUAUUAUUUUACAAUAAGUGCAGCUUUCAAUAGAAAUAGGCACUCUUCUAAACUAACCUUGUUACACCUUCCUGGUUGUCAAUCAGACACAAGGUCCUUUUAUUUCCUGGUUGGCUCAGUCGCCAAUUGCUUAGAGCUCUUGCCUACUUCUCAUUGAGCUGCAUUUGGAAUUCUGUGUUUGGGCAGCCACAGAAAGUCUGGGCUGGGUUAGAAGGGGGGAGGGCUUGCAAAGACUUGCAGCUUUUGCAAGUUGUUUUCAAAGAAACCCACAAUUACACCAAAAUCUUUUUUACCAAACUGAUUGAUUUAUGUAUUUGGGCAGUGAAGUAUUCGUUUAACAUGACUAAUGAAUAUGUGGCUGGGGCAAGUAGCUUAAAAUAUGUUACAAACCGGAUUGUACACUAAAUUCUGAUUCUUAUAAUUUUUUAUUUUUUUUCCGUAAAUUAAAUCCAAAUGUAAGGAAAAAAUAGUCGAUAUGGGAAAUUUCUCCAACUCUGCCAUAGUCAUUUGGUCUAGUUAUGCCUCAAUUUUUCCAUUCUAUUUUAAUUUGCAAAAAUUCAGAGUUUAUUGAAUAACCUUUAAAGUAAUUUUUUAUGGUGUUAUGAGAAUAACCAUGAAUGUUUUCCUGAUACAUAUUUAAAGGGACUCUCCAGUGCCAGGAAAACAAACCCAUUUACUUGGUUGGAGUGCCCUCCCACCCCCCCAUCCCAUGUUGCUGAAGGGAUUAAAACCUCUCCAGCCACUUACCUGAAUCCAGUGCCGAUGUCCCUCGGUGCUGGGUCAGGCUCCGCCCACGCUCCUCCACCUCUGACGUCAGACGGCGGGGGAGACCUAAUGCGCAUGCACGACAGUAGCAGCGCGCAUUAGACCUCCCCAUAGGAAAUCAUCAAUGCUUUCCUAUAGGGAAAAUCUGACACUGGAGGUCCGUGAGGUUUCUAUUUCAGAAGCCCUCUAGUUGCUGUAUGUUAGACAGUCGCAGAGGGCAGACUUGGAGCUGCAAUGUUUUUACCCUGAACCCCUUUAAAACACUGACCCAGGUUUUACUGUUGGAAAUAUAUAUAUUUAUAUAAGUAACCCCUGCACUCCAACGAACAAAAAAGAAAACCAAUACCUGGUGCUCUGGUGGCUCAAUUAUAAGCAAAGAAAAAUACCGGCACUCAAAGUUUUUUCAAAAUCGACGUUUCAGCUCUUCUAGGGAGCUUUCAUCAGGACACAAACAUUCUUAAAACUGAAAAUACACUUAUAUAGGACAUGCAAUAAUAAAGUACUUACAUUCAGCUGGUGUUCAUUACCAUCAGCCGCCGGGUACGCCGUGCCCGCCAGCUUAAUUCAGAGCUACUUCCUGGUUAGUAAGUCAUCUGACCAGGUGUGCCGUCGUGAUUGGUUAAAUCCCGUGUUACCUGGGCAACCAAGGACGCUUAUGUCCGAUUGGAUGAGACACCUCAAUACCGCAAUUUUCAAGAUGAGACGUCGCUAUAGCAACCGGCGUGUAUCCCGGGGGCUAGAAGGAAACAAACGAGCAAAAAAAAAUCAACAAAACACAUGAUUAAUCGAGAAUAAUCAAAAUAGGAGCUAUAACAUUAGCUCACAGAUAUUUAAUUCCCCUAAAUCAACUUCAAGUCAAAGUACAUUUCCUGUGGGUAUAAAUUAAUAUAUAAAUUGAUAAUACAAAUUGCACAAAAAUGUAUGCAUAGUGAAAUAACCUAAAUUAUUGAUAAAAAAAUUUAGUAAUGAUAAAAAAGAAAUUGAUUAUAUCUAAUCAAUAAAAUAUCAAAAGAGCUUUAGUGAAAUCAUAAUAACUAUUAUAUAGCAAUCCUAAGUUGCAAAAAAAUAUAAUGUGAUAUGUGUAACACAAUCUCCAGUAUUAAUAAAAAGUGGUACAAACUUGGACUUUUAAAGCAUAUUCAUUUAUAGAUAUACCUCAUUUAUAGAUAUAUAGGGGUACACUUACUAUUAAGAGUUGAUGAGACUUACUUCUCUUCAUCAUAUACACUCAGAGAUAAGAAGAUAUUUUUAAAUAUGCUUUAAAAGUCCAAGUUUGUACCACUUUUUAUUAAUACUGGAGAUUGUGUUACACAUAUCACAUUAUAUUUUUUUGCAAUUUAGGAUUGCUAUAUAAUUUUUUUUCCCCCACAAUAAAUGGAGAAGUAAACUUUGGAAAAUCCUUGAGUGACGGUAUUUUUUUUUGUGUGUGUGUGUGUGUGUAUCUUGAGGAAGACCUGAAGAGGUCGAAACGUCGAUCAGAUGUAUGUUACCUAUUAUUAAAUAAUAUUGAGUUUUUUUUUACAAAGACCUGAGAGUGCAUCUCUUUCCUUUUUGAGAUAUAUAUAUAUAUAUAUAUAUAUAUAUAUAUAUAUAUAUAUUUAUUAUUAUUUAAAACCAGGGGGCUGCACUCACCUGAACAUACAUAAAUGGGGUGCUGCUGGGGGUCAAUACACAGGUGCCUCAUCCCAGGGCCCUAUUUAGCCUUGUACUGCAGAGAGUCCCAAAUUUUCCCCCCCAGUAAGUGGGUUAAUUUCAUAAGAGCAGAUAUUAGGCUGUUAGAGUAGGACCUGCUGAAUACGGGGUACAUUGGCGUUGUGGCAGGCUUAUGCAAUGUAUGAUCAUAUAAUGUAACUAAACACCCAUUAUUUUUACCUAGAUUAGAUAGAUAGAUAUAUAUAUAUAUAUAUAUAUAUAUUCCUAGUAAACCCUGCCCCCAACUCACCAGCUGUCAAUCAAUUUUAAACUGGUUGCUAUGCCUACCACCUGGCUCUGCUGUGGGCUACAUUUUACUGAAAUUCCAACCGAGUGAAGAUAUACUGAGACACAUAGGGACUACUUUGUCUCAGUAAUUUUUCCUACGCCUGAUGCUCCAAGAUGCUGGGUGUAGCUACUGCUGUCUAGAAGUGUCAGUCUCCCAGCUGUCACCAGUGACGGUUGCAAGGUGUGGGCCUGCAGUCUCGCAGGACACUCUAUAGACUUCAAUGCUGUACUUGAGCACAUGAGUGAGAGUACAACUGUGACGCUGGCUCCGCCAUGCGCGCAAUAGGACCUCACGGAAGAUGUCGGUGCCCUUGAGGGACAGGUUUAGGGAAGUUAAACUCUCCUUUCCAUGUCUUCCCGGGCCACCGGACCCCCAGUAGCGAUUUCACUGUCUCGGGUCUUAGCAAAUUAUGCUUUAAUUAUCACUUUUUAAGAGUAUGCUAUCGAUUUAUAAAAAUGCAGGCAGUGUAUAAAAUCAUACUGUAUGAAUUGGUUGUGGGUUUUAUUUUAUUUAUUGUUCCCCAUUACAUUCUGUAUUUUUUGUGUUUUUCACAAAAGUACAUGUGCUGUUUACUUUGUAAUCCUGUCAGAGAAGCCAUUUUGACGGAAAUAAAACUUUAUAUAUGGAAUUUGCCACCCUAUUUCUUAAAAAAAAAAAUAAUAAUAAAAAAAAUGUGUUUUUAUUAAAUAUGGGGAGCUUCCAUUGGGCUGCAGAGAGACCUCAUGUGGGGUAUAUUUUCUGCUGUCCCUUGUCUGUCAGUGCCUCGGCACGCUAUUUUUAAAUACGUUUUUCACCUAAUCUAUAAAUUUGUUGGCAAAACCUGCCAGCAUAAUGUAUAGAUGCAAUAUUGUUCUCAAUCUAAUAGGUUUCGGUUGUUUGGAGCAUGACCAGUGCCAUUGAAGGGUUUAUUACAAUGUGUAACCUGAGCCCAUAUGGGACUCUGCACCCAUGGUGCAUUUAUCAAUUGAAACUUAUAUUUCUUGAAAAACGCUGGAAAGGUUUUUAAAGGAACCCUCCGAGCACUCUAUUCACUACAGCACGCUGUUAUAGUGCCAAGAAUUCCCUGACGCCCUACCACAGAAAGUAGUUACGAUUUGACAAGUUAAGUUUGUCUUGCCAUGUGCUUAUGGUGUUUGGAGUGUUACUUUAUUGGACUAACAAUAUAUUGUAACAAGGAUCACCGCAUACUGCAAUACUCCUGUAAUAUAGGGCUGUGUGUAUAUAAUUUGCAGGAAUUGUUACUCCCUUCAUACAAAUACAACUUCCUGCUGACCAGGUUGGAAGCACAUUGUCCCCCCAUCCCCCGCUGUGUCUGUGGACAAGUAUGGGGACUAUCAGUCCUAGUCCAGCCUGCUAGGCCAGCUGCGAGUUUACAGCCUGGAACUUUAUCUUGCAAUGAUUAGAUAGUUCUUAUUUUAGUGGCCUGUUUGGUGCUGUUUCCUGAACCCUCAAUCAUCUCUGUUAAAAAGACAUUCAUCACUUGACACAUAUGUUUUUUUAAUAUUAUUAUUUUAUUUUUUUUUUAAACAAAUGUAAAAAUCAGAAUAAAGUAAGCAAAACUUUGAGAACUAAAUGUAAUACACAUUUCUAAACUUGCUAUAAAGCUGGUCAGAUUAUAUAUUAGGGUACACCUUUACGCUUGGAGAGUUGCACCUCCCUCCCACCAUCCCCCCCAACACACAACUUUUUAAUUUGAGACCAGUCCAUUAAUGACAAACUGGGGAUCAUUGUGCAGAAGCAGGACAGAGACGCCAGAUAUCCAAUCCUGCUCUGCAUGGUCACACUGAUCAGACUUCCAUUCUUCUCCCCUUCGGGAUGUUGCAAGGUGAAGGGAUCUUCCAACUCAUGUGUAAAUCUGUAAGGCAUGCCCAAAGCACUUUAACAGCAUUCCUAGGGAUAGGAUGCUAGUUGGACAAUCUGCAAAAAAAAAAAUUAUAUAUUUUUUUUUUGCCUGUAGUGAGGUAACAGCCUCCUUCAAAGCUUAUGUUUUUGAAUGCAAUAGUUAUCUCAAAGUGAUGCAUUUUUUUUUUUAUUUUUUUUUUAAAUUCUUUAUUUUUCAUUUUUGGUGCAUGGUAUUUAAGUUUCGCAAACAGGUGUGCAUGUAAGUGCUCCAAAAACGUAUAGAUACAAUGUCGUUUAAGUUUUGCACCAAUUUUGGGUCAGGCAGUAACUUAUUCAGGAAUAACAUUAACAUAGUAAGCUUUUCAAGAUGCUCUGUCGGGGUUUGUCUGUAUGUUUUGUAUACCCUUGUGUAUAGGGUGAGGCAUUAUGUAUUGUGUCAGCACUUGUGGAUUGUGGGUCUGAUGGUGCUAGCACUCCGUGUGUGUAGGGGAGUAGGUGCGGCUAUGGUGUGCCUGGGUAGCGUUAGGCUAGGUCUUUGUGUUGUGCUGGGUGAGUGAGUCUGUGUGCUAUGGUGGAGGGUCACAGGUGAUGCUUCUGGGCUGAUUGGUUAGGGGGCAGCGGGGGGGGAGGGGUUAGGACUGUGGACGCCACGUGUUUGGGCACAGGUUGUGCUGGUUCUUGUGGUGUUGUCUAGUUUAUGUCAACUAUGAUAUAGGGUAAGUGAGUCAUGAACCUGUGGUAGUGAAGCUUAGAUACAACGUUAAGCAUUAGUGAAGAAUAAACUAAUAAAAAAAAAAAAUGUAACUAACUAAACAGUGAGGUCUCAACAUGAAAGGUAUGCCACUGUUGUGUUGGUAAGGCUGGAGGUAUCAGUCCACACCCUUCAGGGUACAGGGUGUUGUGAUCCGUUGGGUCCCGGUACGAACGGGAUGGUACUCUCAGGAUCCCACUAAAGGCUUGGAGCCCCUUUUGGUGCGAAAAGUACAAAAUCCGUAGUUUUUUUUUAUUUGGUAAUCUCUAGCAUUGUUAUGGUUUAUGUAUUUAUUUUGGGUAGUUCCUGAAUAUGACGUACCAGGUCCAGUUACUACAGACCCACUGAUAGUGGCAAGGGAACUUUACUUGGGUAUUAAAAACCAGACGUGCAGCUGUAAACCCAGAAACAUUCUCGGACAGUUAGAUCAUCUUGUGUUUAUGCCCCUUUAAGACCUCAAGGGGGCGUUGGUGUCUAUGUUUGGCCGUCUGUAUUAUAUGAUUAGUUUGCCAGCAGCCACCCUGGUUCAUUCAUAGCUGUCCCCGCUGUUACCAGGAGCCACUUGCUUCUCUAUUUUGUCUGUUCUCCUUCACUUAGAACCCGGCUGGCUAGGAUCCAAUAGCACACGUGCAUUUGUGUCCUGGAGUAUACUCUUACAAGGUGCAAUGCCAGCAAUGUCUCUUCUGCUCAAAUCCUUUCUGAAUUGUUUAUAUCUUUUUUUUAUUUUUUUAUUAUUAUUUAUUUUUUUACUUUAUUUUUUGUGUGUGUAAUUUUUAUUUUAGUUUUUUGUUUUUCAUUAUAAAAAAAAAUAAUAUAAACAUAAAGUACCGGUAACCUUCUAUAAGAUUAGUUUUACAAAUCAUAUUUUAAGGACGAAUUGGCUAUGUUUUCAUUCUGGCUAUUUUUCCCCAAACAUUUGAAAUUCACUUUGAAUUCUCGAGUUCACAUUUUGGUGAAUCCAUCUUGAUGCUAAAGUGGGUUCAGCUCAUAAAAAAAACAAAACGAAAAAGAACUAUAGCAUUCCAAACCCCUGUCCCUAACGCUAUAGUGUUAUCCUCGUCUUUUAUAUUCUGCUGAACACCUACUUUAUAUACUGCAUGGGAGCAAUGGACAAUCUGAGAAAAUCACAUUAAAGAUCAUUUUUAUUUUAUAAGAGGUUAAUAAUAAUUUGUUUUAAAAAGAGCUGAGCCAUAUUGCAGAUGUAGACUAAUUUGUAUUAAGUAUUUUUUUUGUUUUCAUGUACCAAUAUGAAUUUAUUCUGUAUACGGCCAUCUAGUUACGCCUUAUAACAGUCGUUAUAUUCCUCACAAAGCCCUAUGUUUGUUUAAAUUCUGCUUAGUUUGGCUCCUCAUACACUAUGUUCUUCUUGUCCAUCUGUUUCACACCCUGCAGUAUCGAGAAAACGGACCUAGAGAUUGAUGUACCAGGGGAAGCCGAACCCAGAGCUGCCGAGUAAUUUCUCUAGACUCCUGCCUUUCUGAUUUCUACCAGCGUCGGGAAUGACCUCACAAACAAAGAUGGCUGCCUCCUGACUCCUGAUUGAAACAGUAAGAUUAACAUAUAUUUUCUUUAUUCGUGCUCUGGUGUGAAAUCAGUUUGUACCAUAUAGGAGGCACAUUCAGAAAAUGUUUAUUUUAAAGGGACGCGAGACCGAAGUUCACUUCUUUUCAGUCAUUGUUCUUAUACAUUGAAGUUCUGGUUGUGGUGUGUGUUUUUAUGUUGUCCUGUUUUUUUUUUUUAAUAUCUAAGUUUUAUGACCGGUGAUUUGUAUAUUAUGUGCAGAGAUCCAGUUCUACCAUGCUUUCUGGGGCACAGACUAAUUUUCACGUCGCCUCUUCUUCAUACAUCUGUAAAAUGUUUUGGUACCUGUUGAUACAUGACACGGCAUCGUGUUUACCAUUUUAAUCUCAAUUAAUGAAAUGGCACAGUCCACGGCAUGAUAUCACUAAAUCAGUUGGCAAAUUGUAUUGAAUAAAGGGACCCAGUAUGCACUAUAAUUGCUUCUUCUUAUCAAAGUGGUUAUAUUGUCUGGAGUGCCUAGCGCUGUUGUUCCAUUCUAUGUUAAAUUUUAAUGCUAAGCAAUAGUCCCAAAGGUCCAUCACCCUCUGUGCUGCUUGGACUGAGGAAUCAUUAGCCUGACUGAGCUGAGCAGCAAUAGGCGACUGUGAUUGGCUGCAAGUGUCAGCUGACAGCUUUCAUCCUAUCACAGCGCCUAUUGCUGGUAUGGCUAGAAGGAAGUGUAUAAUCUGACUUAGCCACUCCUUUGGUGGAGGCCGGGCUGUGUGAAGCCAGCAAUCCUCAUUCAGUGUUAAAUGGUUUGAAUAUGGCUUAAUGAAGGGACAGUGCCAGGGGAUUCCACGCAUUAGAACUUAUUCAACAAAAUGGUUAUAGUGCAUACAGUGUCCCUUUUUUUUAAUGCUGUUUUUGUUUAAAGGACCACGCUAGGCACCCAGACCACUUCAGCUUAAUGAAGUGGUCUGGGUGCCAGGUCCCUCUAGGAUUAACCUUUUUUUUUUUUUUUUUUAAUAUAAACAUAGCAGUUUCAGAGAAACUGCUAUGUUUAUAAUAAGGUUAAUCCAGCCUCUAUUGGCUGUCUUACUGACAGCCGCUAGAGGCGUUUGCGUGCUUCUCACUGUGAAAAUCAUUGAGAAGACGCAAGCGUCCAUAGGAAAGCAUUAUGAAUGCCGUGCAUGCGCAUUCAGCCGAGGAGGCGGAGGAGAGCUCCCCGCCCAGCGCUAGAAAAAGGUAAGAUUUAACCCUUUCCUCGCCAUCCAGCCCGGCGAGAGUGGGACCCUGAGGGUGGGGGCUCCCUCAGGUCACUAUAGUGUCAGGAAAACGAGUAUGUUUUCCUGGCACUAUAGUGGUCCUUUAAACCGUUAACCCAUCUAUAAUUCAGACUGCAAACAAGUCUCUAAACAUGCAUCUUAUUACUAGAUUAAUGCAAAAAAAAUGGCUGCUUUUGAGCGGUUUACAGGGAAUCAUUAAGCCAAUAUUUUCUUGUUCAAAGGAAGGGUUUAUGAACUGAACGAUGUCUUAUUUUGGGUUGUUUUUUGCCUGAACUACUGUAUUUGUUUUCUGAUUCAGGUUCUAUGAUUGGUCCUCCUGAAAUGGGAUGUCGUUCCCAUUUGGGGGCCAUAAAGGAAAAGAUUCUGCUGCUGAACUGCCGCAAACAAAAGUGAUCUAGCGACAGGCAAAGAUGUCUGUAGUGACCACAGCGGCGCAGGCUCCGCAGGGGCCGGUCAAUCUUCCUCCUCCUGAAAUCACAAAUCCUAACAAGCCUGGGCGGAAAACAAACCAACUCCAAUACAUGCAGAAUGUUGUGGUGAAAACACUUUGGAAGCAUCAAUUUGCAUGGCCGUUUUACCAACCUGUGGACUGUAUUAAACUAAAUCUUCCUGUAAGUCAAUGGAUCCUACCACACGUCUAUAAUCCAAGAAUGUUUUUGACCUUGUGUGUGUCUUCAAGUGGCAGUGUAAUAGCUAGUUCAUAGCUUAGACUGAACCAAAUGGCACAACAGAGUGCAAUUGUCACUUGACAAAGAAUCUUGUGAAUAUUAGAUUUACAAUGGCUAUAGAUCAGCAGUGGCCAAACCAUAGAUUCUCCGCUUUGGUAGAUCAUUCCUUCUUACGAUGUAUUGUCAGUCAUAAAAGCACAUGAAUCACUUCACCUUUAAUUUAUUUUUUUUCACCAGCAAGCAAACACUUUUUAAAAACAAAUAUACAAACUAAACCACGAAAACUUUGAAAAGGAUGUAAUGCACUUUUAUAAACUUGGGCAGAUUGCAUUAUUGGGCACACCUCCCAGCUAAGGGAGCUUCAAAACCUGUUCACACACUCACAUUUCAGACCAGUCCACUAAUAACACCGUCAGGUUGUUGCAAGGUGAACAGAUCUUCUAUCUGCACAUGUGUAAAUAUGUCUUACAUGCAUAAUGCACUUUUUCAGCAUCCCUGGGGAUAGGACACUGAAUGGUUAGAUCAGUGCUGACCCGGGUGGGUGUGCAAAACAUGCAAAAACAAAAUCAUAUUAAUCUGCUUUUCCAGCCUGCAGAGUGAAGCAACCGUCUCAUUCAAAUCUAAAGAUGUGAUGCAUGUACCAUUAAGACUGUAUCCAAUCUGUUAUAUUGUAUCCACCUUUAAAAAUAAUAGAGAGAUGGGAACAUAGCGUGAUACAGUUUAAUUUAUUAAAAUCACCUUAACGCUCCUAUAUGAAAACUCUUACAAGAGAAUAUGGUGGUUCUCGUCUCCAAGUACCUCGAAUAACACAUAAUGUACGGUAUAGUAUGCAGGAAACAGUUCAGGGUUGCCACUCCGUGUGUUCACUGCUGUGGUCUGCUCAGUGCACUUGAGCCGGGUGAGAUAGUUUGUCCCUCUGAAGAACGCCAAACCCUGCUUCUGCCUAAACAACGUCCGUACUCUUCGCGAUAGUAGGCUGAAAUGCCACCAGCACCAUCAAUGUGUUUCGCCCCAGUAAAAGAGGCUUUCUCAAGAUGUUAAUCUUGAGAGCCUUUUAAGAGAGAUUUUAAUUUAAUUAAACAGAACUUGCAAUAAAGAAAGCCUAAAUAGGGCUCUCUUUACAGGAAGUGUUUCUGGAAGGCUGUGCAAGUCACAUGCAGGGAGGUGUGACUAGGGUUCAUAAAAAAAGGAUUUAACUCCUAAAUGGCAGAGGAUUGAGCAGUGAGGCUGCAGGGGCAUGUUCUAUACACCAAAACAGCUUCAUUAAACUAAAGUUGUUCAGGUGACUAUAGUGUCCCUUUAAGGGGACUUUAAUAAAUCAAUAAAAUGUAUCACGCUAUGUUCCCAUCUCUCUACUAUUUCUAAAGGUGGAUACACUAUAACAGAUUGGAUACAGAGGUGCUCAUACCAACUAAGAGCUGGACAAUGUUGCAAAUUAAGUAUUACAGUCACUAUCAUUCCUCCCCUGACACCUGAUAACAGAACUUUUGGACAGAGUUUUUAUAUACUUUUAUAUAUUUCUAUAUUCGUUUACUAUACCGAAAUGAUGUAUAGUGGGCCAGAGACAUUGGCAGGGGAUCAGUGGGAUGAGGGAAAGAUGCUAAGCACAGUGCUUACAGCUAUGAGCCACAGUGUGGUAGAUGCAUGUGAUUACCACUUGAAAGAGAUCUAUUCUCUAAGGCAGUAGUGAUGGGAGUUGAGAUCUUUAACUGUCUGGGUAGCCAUACUACACAAUGGCUUAUCGUGACCUUUCGGAUGGUUUAUAGACUAUAUUUACCCUAAAACCUGGCAAGGCAUCAUGGCACAUAUUUACAAUUCAAUUCAAGGCUAUGGUUGGCCAUUUCUCUUAUAGGAAAUGGACUUUUUUUCAGGGGCAUAAUGAAUUUCUUUUUUUUUUUUUUCUUUUUUUUUUUCUGUUCUGGCAGGACUAUCACAAAAUAAUUAAGAAUCCAAUGGAUAUGGGAACAAUAAAGAAAAGGCUUGAAAAUAAUUAUUAUUGGAGUGCCAAUGAGUGUAUGCAGGACUUCAAUACUAUGUUUACAAACUGUUACAUUUAUAACAAGGUAAGAAUGGUGUGUUGCAUAUUCGUGUGGAUAUAAGAUAUUCCGAUUGUCUUACUAGAAGUAGUCUUAGUGCUGCAGUGUAAUGUUUGUAGUUUGUCUAAAACUGCAGUUUUACAUUACAGGACUAUGAGCUGAAGCGGUCUGGGUGCCUGUAGUGUACAUUUAAAGGGACACUAUAUAGGCACCAUGGCAACUUUAGAUUAAUUAAGCUGUUUUUGUGUAUAGAUCAUACCUCACUGUCUCACUGCUCAAUUCUCUGCUAUUUAGGAGUUAAAUCACUUUUGUUAUCGUUUAUGUAACCAGAGAUGUGUUGUUAAUAAUGUGAUAUUACAUAUUCGCUAAAUGUCUUGUCUAAAACCUUUGACUUCGGUACCUUGGAGCACAAUUCAGUGGGUUUGUAAUGCUAUGUUUGCUGAUUGCUGACUUGUCAGUGAUAUUUUCCAUCGGGCUACAGCCAGGUGCGUGAAUGUGCAUUGGCCUUGCACCUGGUUACCUGGUCUGUCAUCCAGACUGAUACAAGGUAUUUUGAGCCUCCUGUACAUAACAUUCUAUGUAAGAUAGAUCAUUCGUAGCCUGUUCAUGCAACAGGAGGUCCUCCUUUCUACACCCCAUUCUCGUGUUGAGAUAUAUUGAAACACGAUUCAUAUCUGCAUAUGUGGAUUGAAUAAUAAAUCUCUUAACUGGUGUGCCAAAAUAAAAAAUAAUGGUCUUAUUUUGUUUUGAUGGAUACUCCCUAAAUAAGUUGCAGAGAAGGUUUAUGUCAAACUUAUUUUGAUUGUUCGUUCUCCACAUUUCUUAGGUGAAAUGUUUUUUUCUUAUUUUUUUCCCCUUUAGAAUCCUGUGAUAUAAUCUGUGCAUUUUAUGGGAUGGCUUAAUUUGCUAAACUGUAUCUAAUGGGUAAAUGUUUCUUUAGUCCACAGAUGACAUUGUUUUAAUGGCACAAGCCUUGGAGAAGAUUUUCUUGCAGAAGGUAGCCCAGAUGCCCCAAGAGGAAGUAGAAUUGUUACCCCCAGUGCCAAAAGGCAAAGGGAAAAAAUCUGCACCCACAACACCACAGACCCCAGGUAUUUUGGCCUUGCUGCACAUUGUGUUCUGAGAAGGUCAUAAGUGUAAGACAGUGACCAUCUGAUGUAGCCAGAUCCCGGUAGUAAUAUUGAUGGCACAUUGGAGAUUGCAUUAACUGCUCUGCUGUUCUGAUCCCUGGAAACAAUUGGUACAUAUAAAUUCCCUGAAGUCUCUGCAAGGCUAACUAUUUUUAUGAAUAUUCAUGAAAUUGUCAAAUUAUAGCGUCUUAUUUCAUUAUUACACAGACCAUUUUCCUGGCUUCUACUAUUUGAUGUGACACCAUUGCCCAGGGGUAGUCAGUAGGUACCUCCCCAGAUGUUAUUAAACUACAACUUCUUUAAAUCAACUGCCAUAAAGCUUUGCCAGCCCUUGUGGUAAUUGUUCCCCCACAGCUGAAACAUUACUGGUUUACUAGCCCUGAAUGAAUUAAAGACUUAAUAAAGAAAUGACCUCAAUAUCCAAUGGAUUCAAACGUGGGUUCCAUGAUUAAACUGUCAAUUUCUUUGGGGGGGUGAAUUGGUGGCGUGGAGGUGUUUUUAUUAUUUUUUUCCCUCUCAGAUUCAAGUUUAAUUUUUUAAAAUAUAUUUUCAUCUGGGCCUGCUUGAACAUAAAUGACAGGGGGGGGGGCGGGCGGGGGUUAAGCCACCGUGCCUCUAGCGGCGAAUUCUGAAACGUUCCCAAUCAGUGACCGUACCGCUUUAAACACCAACUGCCACUUUAUUCAAAAGAGGCAACUCCAGUAUUGUCACCUGCACAAGGAAACACUGUGUGAUCUUCUGGUGGUAAUUACUGCUACAAUGUAUCACUGCCACACUUACUAUAGUAUAGUCACAGCUCCAGGCAGCAGAUGGCUGGAUACUAUGUUAUAAUCCUACAUGUAUACAUUUAUAAAUCCCUUUUAUCUGAAAGAUUCUGCCUGAAGGAGAGCUGUUACUAGCUGGCCACCCAUUACUAGACACCAGGAGAUUUAUCCUCUCUACAUUGCUCCUUCACCACUGCCAGGCUGUUUUUAGGGAGGAGAGUGAUUAAUUCCUUGAGUGAGUUAGGUGUGGGGCUAAUUAUUUGUCAACUGUGUAGAUAGGUAGUUGUGAGUGGAGGAUGACCAUUUAGGGUCAUUUUAGAGGACUUGGCUAGGUGAGUUGGUAAAAUAGUGUCUGUCCCAGUAAAACCUUGUACACAUUCAUAAACCUUGCAUAUUUACAUUUUUACACUGUCUAUAGAGGAAGUGCCUAGAUUUGACUGGGCCCAGGUCUGCCUUGGCUUAAAAUGUAGCUACAUCACCGGUACACUGUCAACUGUAAAUUCUAUAUGAGUGAUGUGAGUUUUGCCAACUGCUUGGUAUCUGCAAUUAUGCAAAGGGUUUUUAAUUAAAGUGAAACAUCAAAGUGAAUUUAACAUAGAAGGCUAGAAAACCGUACGGAAAGCAUGCUUACCUUAGGCCAUUUUUUCAGUUAAGCUAGUUUGAUCUUCAAUUUGAAAAUCACUUUGAAUUCUCACUUGGUGUUACAGAUGUGCUUUUUUUAAUGUGCUUUAUUCACUUUUUGUCAGUAGAUGGCAGUGUUGUGUGUAAAUAUUGUUUAUUUUUUAUUUUUUUGAAUUUCUUUUUUUAGAGAUUGUGUUUUUUGUUGUCCUGCACAAUCUGAAUUUGUUUUAUCAUGUCAGUAUUACGUUUUAUAUUUUGAUAACAUUGUGGCAUAUUGAAACGGCACCGUUUGUAAUGGCUUUUACUCUCCAUAGUCCCAGAGCCAGAACUGCCUGUGGAGAAGCCGCCCUCUCCAAAGGCCGCAGUAGUUGAGCGCACUUCCAGUAGACGAGCAGAACCCGCCAUGGAACGCAGGAGGGAACGAUACAAAGGUAUUCUAAAAACUGUCAUUACCCCGGCGGCCUUUGUCUGUAAUAAAAGGAGUAGAGAAGGGCGUUCUGUGAUACUGGAGGUGCAGACCUCCUGCUGCCCUUCUUAGAUUACAAGGGACAGCAGACUGGACUUGCCUUUCCACAUCCAUCACUCUCCUCCCGACCUACUAAUACUAUUUGUCAAUGCAUACAACGUAGCUGACAACCGCCACAGUCAGUGUAUAGGUUCCAUCGUCUUUCCUAGUUGAAGGUUAUCUUGGGUCUUGUGGAAUUUUUUUUUUUUUAAUUUAGAAUAAAGUGUUACAUUUGCAGGUAUUCUCUAUUUUAAGGAGGGGGGAGGGGGGAUAGCAGGAGCAGACAUUUGCUGUACCAUUGCCCACCCAGUCCUGGGGUAUUUUUUUUGUCUUGUGAUUUUGAUAGAUGUUACAUUUGCCAGGUGGAGACGGCGGAGCGGGGCUAAGGGAUUAAUGGCAGUAUACCCCUGGUUAACUAUCUCAAGCCUCUAACAAGGCACAUUGUUGCUUUUACUAGAGCUGAUCCAGAUAUCAAUAUUUAAACUUUUCGAAAAUACUGGUGUUUCUUUUUAAAGGGUCAAUCCAACCCAAGCACCUUAACCACUGGAGUGUUUAUGGUGUAAGGACUCUAUGGAUGUAGUACUGCUGGUUUCUCUCAAACUGUUAGGGAAAAAAACAACCCCAAAAAAAUUGAGGAUUACCUUUGGGAAGUUUCACUUUUUUAAUUGAGCAUCCAAAAUAUUUCUACUCUUAUGCAGUGUUUAAAAAGAACUUAUAGGGUUAAAAGCAAUUCAGAGCAGCCUGUGUCUAUUUUCCUUGCACAGUGCUUCAUGCUCCUUGUCGUUGGUGGCCAUACAUAUGGCUUAAUCUGAUGUAAGUAAAAUGUUUGUGUAAGCAUCUGUCUGUAAUUUUAAUUCCCAUUCGAUUACUCCUGUAUGUGGUAUAAGUACACAUUUUCUGGCAGUUCCAUUAUUAUUUCCACUUAUAUAGCACAAACAGAUUCCGUAGCGCUUUACAAUAUUUUAAAAGGGGGGAUUUAACUAUAAAUCGGACAAUUACAAGAAAACUUACAGGAACGAUAGGUUGAAGAGGACCCUCCUCAAACGAGCUUACAGUAUAUAGGAGGUGGGGUAUAAAACACCUUAGGACAGGAAAUAGCAAUCAAAGUGGGAGUGAAGCAGAGCUGGAGGAGAGAGUAGAGUGCUGCCCUUUAGGAGAGGUGUGUGUGCGGUAGAGGUUACUCUGGGAGGCCAUAUGCUUAACUAAAGAGAUGGGUUUUAAGGCACUUCUUAAGCGAUUGAAGACUAGGGGAGAGUCUGAUGGCAGUAGGCAGGCUAUUACAUAGGAAGGGAGCCGCCCGCGAGAAGUCCUGUAAGCGUGAGUUGGCUGUACGGAUGCGAGCAACAGACAGGAGAAGGACAUGGGCUUUGCGGAGAGACCGAGAAGGGGCAUACCUAUGGAUCUGUGAAGAGAUAUGAGGGGCUAGAAUUGGUCAAUGCUUUUUAGGUAUGGGUUAGCACUUUCAAUUGACUUCUCUAGGAUACAGGAAGCCACUGUAAGGACUGACAGAGGGGUGAGGUGUGAGAGGACCGACUAGAAAAGGAAAAUCAGUCUGACGGCAGCAUUCAUUACAGACUGUAGCGGGGCCAAUUAGGAGAGGGUUACAAUAAUCCAUGCGGGAAAUUACUAGAGCAUGGACAAGCUCCUUAGUAGCAUCUUGUUUAAGAGCGGGGUGGAUGUGGGCUAUGUUUUUAAGGUGGAAUCUACAGGAUUUGGCAACAUGCUGGAUGUGAGGCCAGAAUCCAGUAUGACACCAAGACCGCAUUCGUGUAAUACAUGGGUUAAACACAGAUAUCCAAGCAUAUCUGAAAAGGACAUUAACCUAACACCUAACCUCAGGAAUUUGUGAAAGCCCCUGCUGGCGUUACCUGGGACUCAAUCUCUUUUGCUUCUGUCCAUGCAUCCCUAGCCACACCUCUACUGGCUGUGACUGGUACAGCCUGCAUGAAAAGAAUGCUUUAAUUUUUAAUCAGAUGCUAACUUGCUUUCAAAGUUUUUCUCUUCUGUUCUGUGAACUUUAAUCACAUACAAGAGGCUCAUGCAAAGUCUAGCAGGCUAUUAACAAAGCAGGAGAUGAGAAAUUCUAAACUAAACAGAUUUUGCAUUAAAGGGAGUAUAAACAUUAGAUGACUCUAUACAGGAAGUGUUUAGAAAGGCUGUGCAGGGAGGUGUGACCAGGGCUACAUAAACAAAGAUCAGUGAGACUGCAGGAGCAUGAUCUAUACACCAAAACUGCUACAUUUAAAAUUGUUUUAGUGACUAUCGUGUCCCUAUAAUAUGAGCGAAGCAUUCACCCUAGCACAUUGCAAAAACACUUGGCUGGAUAGCAGAACCUUCCUGAAUAUAUUAUAGUAUAUUAUAGUUCACUAGGAACAUCAGAUCUUUGUUUUAGAACAUAUCGAUGGUCCUGUAAGAAGUACUGUAGUUUAUGCAUUUAGUACAUUGUUGGGAUGUUAUCUAUUGUAGCUGAUAGAUAUGUUAUGUUGCACCAUUUACCAGGCCACAUUGUACCAAUGAGUGCAAUGACACCUGCUGCAUGAAUCAAUUCUACUGUUAAUGUGUAAUGCUUUAAUUCUGUUCAAUAAUAAAUCUGCGCUCUUUUAAAUUCUAGGUACAACGCAGGCCCCAGCCGUCUCCACAGUGAGCCCUACAGUGCAGCUUACCAACAUUGCCCCUCUGAUCGCUCAGACGCCAGUCAUUGCUGCCACUCCUGUGCCAACCAUAACUGCAAACGUAGCCCAACCUGCAGCCGCUGCACCCCCAACUCCUCCAGCUGCUCCUGUUCAAGUUACUCCUGUCGUCCCUCCAGCACCCACCGUUGUCAAGGUGAGUGGAAUCUUCUAUUUGCUGUGAUUUCCUUUUUUUGAGAUUUCUUUUACGUGGUUAUUGCUGGGGGUUUCUUGUAUUUGAUGACUGAAGGUGUUUGGGUGUGAAAUAAAUAGCUAGUUUCAGGGGGCUUGUCUUUCUGUUUUCCAUCCUGUUUCUCUAGCUGAGCGUCUUUCUCGCCUCUCUAGACAUUGGUCUUUCCUCUGCUUUCAGGCCAUAACUUACUAUUGGUCGUUCCAUGUCUGGGUUAAUGAAACUAUGAAAUCGGAGUGAAUGAACAAAGUAAUAUGUUUCAAUUUCUAAUUGUGUUCAUGAUAUAUUUUAUCCUUUUCUCAGAAAAAAGGAGGAGUGAAGCGGAAAGCAGACACCACAACGCCCACGACCUCUGCCAUCACUGCUAGUCGCAGCGAAUCUCCUGUACCCGUCUCGGAGCCCAAGCAAGCUAAGAUCUCAAACAGGAGAGAGAGCGGCGCGCGACCCAUAAAGCCACCAAAGAAGGACUUGGAAGAUGGCGAGGUGCCGCAGCACGCAGGCAAAAAGGGCAAACUGAACGAACACCUGAAGUACUGUGACAGUAUUCUGAAAGAGAUGCUGUCAAAGAAACAUGCUGCAUACGCCUGGCCCUUUUACAAACCUGUGGAUGCAGAGGCCUUGGAACUGCAUGACUAUCAUGAUAUAAUCAAGCAUCCCAUGGAUCUCAGUACUGUUAAAGUAUGUCCACAUUGCCUGCCCGCUUUUGCAUGCUGCUUGUUCUGUCCAGCCGGGCAAGCUGUCUGUGCAGCCAUCAUUUUGUGUUUUCUGUGAACCUUUCUUUGUGGUGCUUAAGAAGUGGGUCACUGGUAACCUACAUCAGUUGUUGGUCUAGUAUUCUAACCUAGAGCCAUUCAGCCCAGCAGGAGGAAAGUAUCCCUCUGAAUUUGUUGGUCAAGCUAUGCUUCAGAAUGACAGACCUUCAUAAUUUUGGCAAAUAUUCCCAUUGCCCUUUUGUGUUGUGUGAGGUUUGUCUGAAAUGGUCAGAUUCCUAAACGAAUGUGUAGACCCACCUGCAGACCUAUACUAGAGAGGACGGAAGCCAGUGAUGAGCUGUCCUUCAAACCUUCCAGUCUCUCCCCAGAUGGCUGAUUGUCUGGCUGGUGGACCAGUCACUUGUUCUCUGAGCUAGUAGAGCAGAGCAUUGCCGGCACUUACAAUAGACCCCCUUUCUGUUGUAUAUGUAGAGCCCACCAACUAGCCACAAACUCCUUGUCUCCUCCCAGUUAAAUUUUAUAUAUAUAUUUAUUAUUAUGGCAGUGAAAUGCCGCCGCAAUAUGAAGUGUUGUGUAAAGUACCUACCUUUUUAUGAAAAAUGUCAGAAGUGUUCCGUCUUACUAGGACUUUGAAUUUUAGAAACAUUAAUAUUUGUCUACUCAUUGCAACGUGCUAAACGGUAGAACGUUCAGUGUUUAUUCGUAUCAAUAAUGAGAAUACACAUGGAGAUUGCAGCAGUGCAGAGAGAAAGUGCAAAUGUUCAGGAAUGGAGGCUCUGUGUGAAAUCUCUUCUUCAAGCUGCAAAUUAUACAAACUGUCGAAUGUGGAUGCCAGAAAGCUUUCACCCCAGUAAUGAAAUUUUAUAUUUUUUUCCCUUUCAUAAUAAAAUCACAUUAAAGGCCUACCCAUGAGUUCGCUCACAGGGAGUGGAGCGUAUGUAUGUAGGGGUUGUGUUGUGUUAUUGUAGAGGUUCUAAUGUGUGUGUGUGUGUGUGUGUGUGUGUGUGUGUUCUUAUGGAAUGUAUAGGGAUUACCAGUUUGUGUAAGGGAUGUAGUGGGUGUUUGUGUGUAAAGAAUGUAUUAUGUGUUUCUGGGUGUGUUUGUGUGUGUCAGGGAUGCAUUGUGUGAAUCUGUGUAUGUAAUGUAAUGCUGUGUGUCUGUAAUGGAUGCAUUGUGUGCUUCUGUGUAUGUGUGCAAGGGCUGCAUUGUGUGUGUAAGGGAAGAAUGGUGUGUGUGUGUGUGUGUGUGUGUGUGUAAGUAAGGGAAGAAUGGCUGCAUUGUGUGUGUAAGGGAAGAAUGGUGUGUGUGUGUGUGUGUAAGGGAAGAAUGGUGUGUGUAUGUGUAAGGAUGCAUUGUGUAUGAGUGUGUAGUGUGAAAGAUAGGGUUUGUGGGGUAGGAUAGGGGCUGAGAGAGGAGCAACUCUUUAUUUUUAUUAUAUUUAUUUUAAUUUUAUAUUUUCUUACAUCCCCCUUUAGGGUAUGUCUUACAAGCCCCCUUUUGCAUGUCUUACUCCCCCAAGCCCCUUUGUCUGACUCUUUCCAGCUGCUUAGUGUGUCUCUUUUCCCCUAGGCCUCUCUGUCUGUCUCCCCCACCAGCCCUUCUGUGCCUCUUACACCCGUUCCUCAGCCUUUCUGUGUGUCUUACACUCCCUUAGAACUCUCCCCUCAUGUCCCUGAGUUCUCUAUCCCCCCUCCCCCCGUGUCUUUUAGUGGUCUAUCCUCCCCACCAGUGGUCCUUCCUCCUCUCCCUCCCCCCCAUCUUUCCCUUAGUGGUCUCCCCUCCUACUCGCCAGCAAGUGUAUACCUGAAGUCUCUGAUGUGGGUUGUGUGCAUUUUCAUACUAUACCAUAAUGCCACACUGCAUCACGAGUGAAUAAUUGCACACUGUUCUAAUAAUUGUGUAUCGAUACAUUUGCAAAUAAUUUGUCAAGCUGGCUGUUGGCUAUAGUUGUGUAACUGUUGGAGAGUAGAACUUGUGUCCUGGUGAAUGUACCAUGUGCCCUACAGGCAUGCAGUUCACAGGAACUUGUAAGCUUGUCUAGUAGCAUAGGGCUUGCCUUUUUGAGCAUUGCUCAAAAUUAAUUGCAUUAUUGCAAUAUAUUUGGGGAAAUAUGUAAAUUCUUCUGAUCUGCACUGACUAUUUAUGAAAAGAAAUAAACGUGGGGCAAUGUUCCAUGUUUAGCAUUUUAGCAAAACAUUGCCCAUGUACACAUACUUUGUGAUGAAAUUCACAUGAUGGAUAACGUUUCUAGAAACCAGUCAAUAGGACAAGUUUUUGAAUAGGCACUGUAACUGAUUCAUCUCCUUGAAGUGGUUAUUGUGUCUGGAGUCCCCUGGCGCAUUGUUUUGUUGGGGGGAUGGGCAGUCAAGGUUUACAGGUUAUAACUCUAAACAAGGAUCCCCAGAAGCCCAUUCCCUCUGUGCUGCUAGAACUAGCAAGUAAGAAUAUGCCUGAGCAACUCUGUCUGUGAGUGUCUGGAAUUUUGUCAGCCGAUCACCGUGCCCAUUGGUAUGGCUACGGACCUAUAUAAUCUCUGCUUUAGCUAGGCCUUUCAAUAAUUGCUGGCCCGUGGGUGGCUGGGAACCGUCAUUCAGUAUAAACUGCUCAAAUGGAUUAACACUAAAUGAAGGGACAAUGGCAGUGGUUUCCAGGCAUUAUAAACAAUUAAAUGAGAUGAAAUGGUUAUAGUGCCUGCCGUGUCCUUUUAAGCUGUUUAGCAAUGCCCAGAUCCAGACUUGUCCCCUCUGCGAUUAUUCUGUUUAUUCCUAAUUCUGCGGUUGUGUACCAGAACCUGGUAAACUACCAGUCACCGUGAAUCAUCAAGUAUCAGUGGAAAUGAGUAACUCUUAUAUUUGCUUUUUAAUGUCAGAAAAAAAUGGACAUCCGAGAAUACCAGGACGCACAGGCAUUUGCAGCUGAUAUACGGUUAAUGUUCUCAAACUGUUACAAAUACAAUCCUCCUGACCAUGAAGUGGUUGCCAUGGCCAGAAAGCUUCAGGUAAUGGUGUGCUGCUGUAUAAAGUUUAUUUAUUUUGUUUUUUGUUCGUUUUGCGUGGUUUGAGUUCUGUAAAAGUAAUUUCUUGGUUGUUGUUUCCAAGGAUGUCUUUGAAAUGAGAUUUGCAAAGAUGCCCGAUGAACCAAUAGACGCCCCCGCUCCACCGCCUACCGCCGCCCCUGUAGUCAGCAAAAGUACAGAGAGCAGCCACACCAGCGAGGAGAGCUCCUCUGAUUCCGAUACGUCUGAUUCUGAAGAAGAAAGAGCCACGCGUCUGGCUGAACUGCAGGAGCAGGUGAGAGACGACACUGAGGUGAAUUAAAACAAACUUCUUUUGUAAAACAUUUAGAUACUGUCUAACACCCAGAUCAUGGACCUGACUGGAAGUAAUAGCAAAUUAUAGAUCUGUCAAAACGUGUCGUCCUCUCUUACAUUUAAUAACUGUUUUUAGGGAUGUGAGAAAAAAACAUUUUAAAACAUUUUUAUUUAAAUUUAUGUAAAGUCUUAUUUUAUGAGUUACAAUUUUGAAGUUUUUAUUUGAUUUAUCAUUUAUCUAAACAGUCUGUGCUUUUUAUAUAUUUUUUUCCCCCUUACUCUUGCAUUAAACUGUUUAGAUCUUUUUGUUAUGUUUUCAUUUUGUCUCAGUCCUCUCCCUAUGGGUUCUAAGUCUGAUAUUGUGUUGAGGGAUUGGCCUUAAUUUCUAACCAGUAGAACUGUGGAUUCAGUUUGCUCAUAUUUAACUUUGGUUGUCUUUCCCACCGUAGAGGUUUUUUUUUUUUUUUUGUUUUUUUAUUAGCCUUUUUUAUUUUGGAUAGCUGCAAUCAUGGGGUUUUCGCAUCCACUCUUACACAGGAAAAGCAGCUCAAAGGUUUAAUUUAAAAAAAAAAAAAGAAAAAAGAAACACACACGUUUGUUAAUGCAAGACCUCAGUCCUUCCCACUAGAAAAUUUAAUUUAGAACAAGCCCAAAACUCCCCAUGUUCUGCCCUCAUGAGGACAUCACUAGGUCACCCACGUUUUACUGUUGUUUUGGCUGCAGUGAUGGGGUCACGGGUGCCUCUCCCUCGGCUCUUCGGUUUCCAUUAGCCUGUAUUUCCGAAUGCUGGGGACAUGCAGCUCUCUCAAGAUCUGAGUAGGAACAGGAACUUUUAUGGUUUUAUUUGAAGUCUUUAAAUCUGCGUUCCUUAUUAAACCUGUUCCAUGCUGUUCGUUAAGUCACGGUUAUAGGAUCUGGAGGGAGUCUAUCUAGCGCCCUCUACCUCUGUUUGGAGUGCAACAUCAUUUGUGCAUGAUGGGAGUUAGUCGAAAAGAAUUGGGCAAACUAAAUAAGACUCAAGACCAUGCUUGUGUGCAUUAUACAACUGAUACUUGAUGCUAUUGAAUGGUCUGUUUGACAUGCAAUAUUGUCUUGCAAAUAUUUUUCUUUAAAGUUUCAAAGCCUCUUAACAAAUGAAAAUAUUGUGUCAAAACUAACAUCACUAACAUUCAAACAAAACUAACAUUCAUAACGUUUUGAUCUAUAUUAACUAGUAAUCUAAUCUACUAGAAAGAAAUGGAAAUGCAAUUUUAAAAUUGUACAUAAACAAUGUAUAUAGGUGUAUAUAUCCAUCUCAAGGCUUUUGGGAUUGUCACUGUUGAGCAGUGGUGUCCAAAGGACAUCCUUAAAUCUGACCGAGCAUAUUGUCACAUGGAGCUAUCUUUUCAGCACCCCUGCUAUUGGAGAUCUUUUGGGCAGAAAUUGGAUGGUGCAUUUGUAAGAGUUUGUUUUGCAACUUGUAUUACUGCUUAAUCAUUUAUUAACUAGUUACAUUUUCUGAUGGAGUGUGGAUUUUGCCCUUUUUACAAAUUUUGCAAUAAAUUUGUCUGUAGUAAGCCGGGUUCUGUAUCGGUAGGUACUUUCUGACUGUCUACUGACUUACAAUCCUUUGCUACUUACCAUAAAAGGUGGCAAAUCACAAACCCUUUUUCUUAGAAAAGUCCCAAUCUAGAGCAUGUGUUCUCAUCAAUGUGAGUUGCAGACAGGCUGGCUUGGUGAUGCCACAUGCAGUUCUCCUAACUUGAUGUUGCCAGUUGAACGUUGACAUUGAGUAGGAGAUUGAGUUUGGAGGUUAUCCAGUAAUUAACUUAUUCUAGCAAUUUAUGCUAUCGGUCUAAUGUUUCACCAGUUAAAAGCGGUGCACGAGCAGUUGGCUGCACUGUCACAGGCUCCGGUGAACAAACCAAAGAAGAAGAAAGAGCGGAAGGAGAAGGAGAAGAAAAAGGAAAAAGAAAAGGACAAAGAGAAGGAGAAGGAAAAGGAAAAAGAGAAGCACAAGGUGAAGAAUGAGGAGGAGAAAAAGAUCAAACCUGCUCAGCCGGCAAAGCCAGUCCCGCCCAAGAAAGCUCCUGCGAAGAAGGCAAACAGCACGACCACCACCACAUCCACCAACACCACCACCACAGCUACCACCGCCACCUCCAACAGGUUGGUGUCUGUCCAUGCCACUGGUCAAACGUUUAAACUUUUUUGGUGGAACUAGCCAGUUGUUGAUUAAAGUAGCAUUCAAAGCACCAUAAACACUACAGCCUGCUGUAAAGAUUAUGGUGUCCGAAGUCUGCUGGCCCCUACCCAGUGUUAAGAGUCAAACAAUUUGCAAGUUCUUUGGUUCCCCGGCUCUUUGUACUCUAGUCUGAAGCCUACUUUGUGACAGCUGGAGUUCCCCUUCAGCAAUAUAAAUUCUGCUACAGUAGGGUCAAUAAGUAUAUAGUGUGUUUGUAUAUCUGUAUAUCUUUCAGUAGACGUAGGUGCAAUAAAUACAGUAAGUGUACCUUGUAUGCAUGUUUUAUUUAUAUAGCACUUUACAUUAGAGGUUACAGGAGAGACAGAUCAGUAAGUGCAGAAGUUGUUUUAGCUGAUUCGGUUUAGGUGGGUAUAUUUGUCUCCCUGUCCCAAUAUGCUGUAUGAUUGGGAACUUUAUGCAAGUCUCACCUUUAUAAUGGACACUGUAGGCAUUGUAACUAAUCUCAUGUCAUUUAAGUGGUUAUAGCGUCUAGAGUCCCUUGGCGCUUUCCUUAUGGCUAGAAGGAAGUGUGUAAUAUCUGCCUUAUCCAUACCUCUAGUAAUAGCUGGGCUGUGGGUGGCUAGGGACCCUUAUUCGGUGUUAAACCAUUUCCAAACAGUUAAACACUAAAUAGAGGGACAGUGCCAGAGGACUCCGGGCACUAGAACCACUUCAAUGAGAUGACAUGGUGAUAAUGUCUACAAUGUGCCUUUUUAGGAGCAUAAAAAUAGGGAAUGUGUGUUAGGCUGCCCAUAGAGAGCCUUGGCAGAAGGGUAUAAACUGUAGCUGUUGUGUAAUCAUUUCAGGUUCAGGAGGUUUGGAAAUAAAAUUAUGAAUAAAACAAUUUACCUAAAAUGUUAAGUAAAUGUCUUUUUAAUUACAUAUCUAGAGAACAUGAAUUUAAACAUCAAUCUAUGGAUAGAUGUAUUUAAGGUCUAAUUUAAUUAUUUCUUUUCCUCUCCCCUAACGCUAGCAAGCCACCUAAAAAGGGAGGGAAGCAACCGCCCACCGCCCCUUAUGAUUCUGAAGAGGAAGAGGAGGGAUUACCCAUGACCUACGACGAGAAACGUCAGCUCAGCCUAGACAUUAACCGGCUCCCAGGAGAAAAACUGGGCCGAGUAGUUCACAUAAUACAAUCCAGGGAACCAUCCCUAAGAGACUCCAAUCCCGAUGAGAUUGAAAUUGAUUUUGAGACCCUAAAGCCUACCACUCUGCGAGAACUGGAGCGAUACGUCAAAUCGUGUUUACAAAAAAAGCAGAGAAAACCAUUUUGUAAGUAGUUUUCUUUAUUUCCACAUUAUUAUAAUUUUUUUAUAUUUAUAUAGUAUUUUUAUUUUUUUAAAUUUUUUUUUUUUUUUUUUUAACCAUGCACAUUGAGAUCUCAUUAAACUAGUUUUGUCCAUGGGGCAGUAGCCUAUUUAGUAAUUGUACCCUACACCAAAAAUUCAACCUCCAUUGAAAUGGUUUAGCAUCAAUCAAAAUGACUGAGUCCCUGUUUGAGCCUCCAGUUUACAAGCAAUGAUAUCUUUAAAGGGAAUCGCAUACAAUUAUUUUAUGUAUUUGUUUACUUUAUUUUAAAUCAGGGUAACCAUUCUCUCUUCAAGAAGGGAAAUGAAGAUGAAAAACGUAAAGUAAAGCUGCAUUUGAAUAAACGUACAAGGGUUCUGUUUAUAACUUUUUUUUUUUUUUUCUGCUAAAUUUUCCUCCUAUUACGGAAUCUGCCAGGCUUCUUUAGUGGGUGUUAUUCUUGCAGGCACGCUAUAGAAAAGAAAAAAAAAUGUGAUAUUGCAUAUUACCUGAUCUGCUUUAUUGUAUUCUAAAGACUAACAUUUGUGUACAGUUGUCAAAUAAAAGUACACCUUCCCAGCUGAGUUCUUGAUGAACUUGCACGAAGAUUGCUCAAACCAAGAGUCAGGUGGGGGUAAACUGUCUACCUGUUUUUGCAAGUAUAGUAACGAGCCCCAUUCCAGCAUUAGCUGACUAAAUCAGACAAAUCUUUCUUUAGGAAAUAGUUUUAUUUACAAAAAAAAAAAAAAUUAUUAAAAAAAUGACUAUUUUCCUGUUUAGCUAAUUGUGUUUUUUUUUUUUAAUUUGUAACAAAACAUAAUGGGUAUUAAAAUGUGACGUAGCGUUUAAAAAUAAAUAAUAAUUAAAAAAAUAAAUAUAUAUAUUAUAAUGUAUAUUUGACAUUUUUAACAUGUUACAAAAUAAUAGGGCAUCCAUAUUUUUGUUGUUAAACUUGGGGGACGUUGGGGGUGAGGCAUUGUUUUAUAAAGUGAUGUAUAAAUCUAGAAAUCAGAAAAACACUUUAAAAAGAUCAUAUUGUCAAACAAAAUCUUAUAUUUUAUCAAAAUGAGUUUGGACAUUUGUAUUUUUAUCUGAUAUUGUGAAACGUUGCUAAAUAAUUAUGGUUGAUGAUGCUAUAAUCAAAUGAUUGGGGAAAUGGUAGGGGUCUCAAUGAUCAUUCCCGUAUACACAGCCCUGAUGCUGGAUAUAAUACUAUCGGGGAGAUUUAUCAAAGUAUCUCUGCUUUCCCCUCUUAUAUUUGCUGCCUUUUAAAAUUUGUAGGAUUUGUUUUUAAUUUUAUUUUUUGCUGAUGUAACGAUUUUAUCAAGAUUUCCACGAGUGUCAGACUUUUUUUCACCACUAUAUAAAUUUGGCGGUCUCUUGAAAUGGGAAUUUCUGUGAAAACUUACUAAAAAGGAAACCGUCACUUUAAGGAAAAUAGUGAGAUUUAACCACCCCUUUUCAGAACGCUUUGGUAAAUAUCCCCCGGUAUGCUAACAUGAGUGAAUUGUGCUUUCCUAUAAACACCUCUUUAUAUUAUUGUAACAUUGUAUAUACAAGUUAGUUGGCCCCAAUUAAAGGGACACUAUAGGCACCAAAACAACUUAAGCUUAAUGAAGCCGUUUUGAUGUAUAGAUCAUGCCCCUGCAGUCUCACUACACAAUUAUCUGCCAUUUAGGAGUCACACAGCCUGCAUGAAAAAAUUUUCAUUUUCAAUCUUAUGUGACAGCACAGUGUUAACUUUAGAAGUUUUCAUCUGCUGCUUUGUUAAUCGAACUUUAGUCACACUACUGAAGGCUCUUAACAUAAAAUAAUACAUUCUAAAUUAAACAGACUGUGCAACAAAGGUAGUUUAAAUAAUUAGAUCUCUUUGCUGCAAGUGUUUAGGAAGGCUGUGCAUGUUACAUGCAGAGCAGUUUGACUAGGGCUGUAUAAAAUAAGUGAUUUAACUCCUAAAUGGAGCGAAUUGAGACUGUGAGGGCAUGAACUAUACACCAAAACCACUUCAUUAAGCUAAAGUUGUUUUGGUGACUAUAGUGUCCCUUAUAUGUAUUACAUAGAAAAUUAAAAUCGUAUCCUUUUGCAGAUGUUUAUUUUCCGUGUUUGUGGAUAUCUCUAAGCCAGUGUUAGCCAUCCUAAUUUCAGUAAAAGUACUGAAAAUCUAAAACGCCCUUUCAGAAGAGGGUUGUUUGGUUUUUGUUUUUUUGUUUUUUUGGUUAUAUAGUUAAACACAUUUCCAUUCAUCAGAAAACAUGGAUAGUGACAGCUGAUAGCAGCUAUAUUGUGGCUCCAUUUGUGGUUGCAUGAAUGGAGCUAUAGAGGCAAGCACAUUACCCGUCCGGAAGCUGUCAGUGAUGAUGGAGAUUCUUAUAAUGUGUGCCUACCCCAGGAAUAUACUCCAUACAAAUAGUGUGUAUCACAAGUUUAGGCUUAUAUUUCCCACUAUCACCCAGAGUAGGGGUAGGCAACUUUGAGCACUCCCAAUGUUGUGGACCACAUCUACCAUGAUGCCUUGCCAGUAUUAUGUUACCUAUGUAACCUGUUCUAGCUGUUGUAGAGUACCUCGUUUUCGAACUUUCAAGUUUUGUUUUUGAGAAAUCUUUUACUGUGCUGGAAAUCCCUCCAGUACAAAGUGUAAUCCAAAGCAUCUAUUGUGGUACACAUUCCCCUCUAAUUUUACUUUGCAUGAGUAGCGUUUUAGAAUUAGAUAUCGGUGAAGUUUUUAUCAGAGAGCAUGGAGUUUCUUUCCUACAAAUAGAGGAAGGCUGUAGGAUACACAAUAAGUCUUUCUUUGCACCCAGAUUAGCACAUGCCUUGGUAAAUAUCCCUAUGGAGAUAAUAUUGGUUUCCAUGGUGAUUUAUUCCUUUUAUAUAUUUAAGGGAAACUAUCACUAUUGUAUUUUUUUAGUUUGUUCUCCCUCCCCCCUUUUAAAUUUUAGAUACAGGGGACGGGACAAAGGCAAAUGACCUGAUAAUCCAGCACGGCCAGAGCACACAUUGCUUUGGAGGAGGAGAAUCAACCACCGUUUUUUGUUUCUCCUCUUCUGCCUAUUCUGAAAGUCAGGUGCAAAGGACAGCACGUAUAACAAUGAUUGGUAGGGUGCAAAGAUGAAGGAUUUAUAAAUUAAAUUUUUUUUUUUACCACAAAAACACAUUUUAUUUAAUAUAGGGGAUGAGUAAACAUGGGAUAAAUAAAAAUUGGAAAGUGACCGUUCCCCCUUAAAGACUCAAGCAGCAUCUCCCCUCUAACAAAUUGUUACAUUCUCCACUGCAGGAGCCAACACUUUAAAAGCAUUUGAGACCCAGAAUGUAAGGAGCAGACCAUAGUACACUCAACAUGAUGUGCACCCUUCACAUGGACCAGAAGCAUAGUCUUUUUUUGCGAGUGCGUGGUUGUAGCCUGCUCCCCUCUCUUAUUUGACAAAUGUGUGUUGGCUGAAGAGGUUCAUAAAGAUAGUGGCUUCAUGAAGUGGAAGAAUGUGUGUGUAUAUAUGCAAGCUGUAUCCAAUAUAUUGAAAAUAGUGUGUAGAAAGCCAAACCCGCACCCCAUAGUGUCCUGUUAAAGCUAUUUUAGGUAUCCUUCUAUGAUGAAACAUUUUAACUUGUCUAUUUUGUUCCCUUUUUUUUUUUUCCACAACACAGCUCCUGGCAGCUGGUCCAGCUACCCAUCUGCGGUGUCACCACACUCCGCUGUGCGAGGCCAUAGUGAUGUCACGCACCCCUCCCCAUUAUCCUCAAGGAGGCACGUGAUCUCACGGAGGCCAAACACCUGGCGGAGCGAGGUGACAUCACCAAAAAGUAGGUGUAACCAUUGACUUGUGUGGUAGCGGGUUUAGACAAUGAUUUGGUGUGUUUGUGCAAUGGGGGGGAAGGGGUUUAUGGGUUGUGGGGGGUUUUUUUGUUUUUUUUUUAUUUAUUUUUUAUUUUUUGUUUCUUGGGUUUUUUUUCUUUUUGGUUUUGUCUUUUCUUAUACAUAUAUAAUUCAGAACCUUGAUUGUGUCACAAAGACAAAUGGAAUAAAUACAUUCUAAUGUUCUUAAAGAAACAUUUUCAGAAUGAAAGUCAUUAAUUCUUCAAUAAAAAUUAAAUAAAUAAAACAAAUUGUGUGACCAUCAGUGGUUCAGCCAUUUUGAUUUGAUCCACAUCCACUUGAACAGAUUCAAAAUUCUUUAAUUGUGGCCUGUUGGUGUGUUGAGAUCUUGAGAUGAAUAAAUAAUUUAACGGUUCUGAUAAUUUAACAAUAAAGGGCACUGAAUGUAUUUUGGCUUGUCGCUGAUCGCUGAACUUUCCCCGCAGCAUCGGGGAAGAAGCAAGCUGUAAAGUCCAAGGAGGAGUUAGCUCAGGAAAAGAAAAAGGAGCUGGAGAAGAGGCUCCAGGACGUGAGCGGUCAAUUAAAUAACAAGAAACCUACAAAAAAAGGUACAGUUUGAAAACCCAUACUGGGUACAUUUAAGGGGACUAGACUUCCCCUUUAACCUAGGAUGCUCAUUAAAACCUUCUGCCUGGUGGAGUUUUAUGUACUGAGUCAGUGAAUGUGUAUUCUCUUGCUUUUGGCUAACAUUUCCAUAAUUCUCUGCCUCACAGAGGGACAUGGGAGUUGUAGUCCAAAGGCUGACCUGAAGUUGGUAAAUCAGGAUCUUGAAUAACCAUUUGGGGAUUUCUGUAAUAUUACGCACUUUCUUGUUAAUUCAAUUAAUUUAAAGGCUUAAAGAUCAAUGAGCAAAAAUCAAUGAGUUUUUUUUUUUUUUUAACCAAAUUUUUUUUAUUUAAUGUCCUGUAGAGGGUCUAUUCCAAAAAUAAAUAUAUUUUCAAACAUUUCAACCUAAAAUUUUAUUUAUAAAUUUAUUUUGUGUGUGUGUGUAAUCUAUAUAGGUAUGUAAUUUUAAAGCCAUCUUGCACAGCAUUUUAUUUUAAAGUAAAAAAAAAAUGUACAAAUGUUCCAGGGUCGUACAGUGCAAUAUUGAAGGUUGCAGGGAUUCUACUUAUAGGAGAGUACUUUUUUUUUUUUUAUGUAUUUAUUUUCUAAUACUUUAUGUUGUGAUUUUAAAUGUGUCUUUAUUUUUUGAUUAUCAAUGAUCUUGGUUCAAUGAACCAGUGCUCGAAAGUAAUCUUAAUAUUUUCAUGUGUAUCACUUUCUAAAAUAAGAGAUUCCCUUUAAGAAUACCAUAGGCUUGUAGACCAGGAGUAGAGGGCAAAGUGUAAUAUUUUGUAGAUUUAAGAUCCGUACAAGUAUUGGCAAAACUCCACAUCAAAGUCAGAAGCAUCAAAAUGUCAUUGUUUGUGGGGUUUUUUUUUUUUUUGUUUCCCAUGUUUUAAGCAUGCCUUUUUAUUUUAUUUUGCAAAAUUAGUUUUAAACAUUCUGAGUUCUGUCUGAACAUGCUGCCUGUCUGCUUUCUUUUUUAGAAAAAUCCAGUGCGUCUGGAGGUCCUUCCCGACUCAGCAGUAGCAGCUCGUCCUCCGAAUCCGGCAGCAGCAGUUCGAGCGGCUCCAGUUCAGACAGCAGCGAUUCAGAGUAAAUUUUGGUUUCCAUCAAUAUGGACUUUAUGCACACAAGACCAUACAUCUAUCCAAUGUUUCCAUCAGAGGCCCAUAAAAACAGUUCACUUUUUCGUGUGCCGUUUUAAAAACAAAAAAACACAAAAACUUAAAGACAAGAUUCAUUCUAUUCCUCUAUCCACUCUGUUUUUUUGUAUUUUAUUCUAAAGAAAAAAAAUGAUGCGAUCGCAGAAUUUUUCCAAUAGGGCAAAAUGGUGCCAGCAAUAACCAACUACGCAAAAGGCACCAUUGCUUUUAUUGGAUUUUAUGAAGGUUUUACUUUGCAGAAACAUAAAAAGCUUUUUAAGAUUUUUAUUUAUUUUAAAUUUUGUCACUGAUUUGGCCUGUGGGUGUCUUUUUGGAAAGGAACUUUUAUCUUUAAACGCAGGCUCAAAAUAGCCCAGUAUAAUGUUUUCUCUCUUCUCUAUUUUAUACCAGCCCUAGAUUUACAUUGUAUGUUUCACAUGGUACUUUGACACAAAGGACACCCUGCCUUGUAACGAAGUAGGUGAUUCUAUAAUUGUACCUAGAAUUAUUAAUCAGAAUCUACACUAAAUGAAAAUGUUAUAUGGUUUUUUUCCCCCAGUUUAAACUAAAUAUGGACAACUCUGCUGAAGGCAUGGAUAAGUAAUUAUUCUACAAAGAAUAUUUUGUUGCAUUUUGGGAUUGGGACAUAUUAUUUUUAUUUUUAUUUUCUCUAUGUAAAAAAAAAGAAAAACCACAAUUUUUUUUUUUUUUUUUUUACAUAAUGCAGCAAAAUAUCAUUUCAUGCAUAUUUUAUUUCCUCCCUUUUUACCAUUAUCUGAAUAGCCUAAAGUAUUUUAGUAUUUUUAUCCAUACAUCGAUGUCUCUCUCUUAAUCGCUUUGAAUAUCAACCUCAAAAUAAAUGUCAAAGAACAUGGACAAGAACCAAAUUCACACUGCCUCCGUAGUAUUCCUGGUGAAUAAAGCUCUGUUUGAGGCCUCCUGUUGCUAGAGGCAGAGGGUUUUUUUUUGUUUUGAUUUUUUUUCCCCCAUGUUAACACACCUCACCCCUUUCCACUCCAAAUUUAAAGCUGUUACAAUUUUAAAAAGUGUAAGAAUUGUCAAUGGUGAAAAUCCGCAACAUUUUUAAAUUAAACUUUUUUUUAAAUUUUUUAUUAUUUUUAUAAACUCUCAAUUCUAGAAGUGCUUAGGAAAUCUUUUUUGAAUUGAAUCCUUCUGAAUCUUUUCGAUCUUACGUUACAAAUAGAAUUCUCGUGAUUUCCAGUCUGGUUUUAGGAGGUACAAGAGACAUGCGAUCUGCCUCUUCCAACAUUGACCGUUUGUGUAAUGAUAUAGCAAUUUGAGUGACCACCUACAAAUAUAUAUCCACAAGACAGAUAUGUGCAUUCUAAGUUGCAUAGAAACAUUUACGCACAUGGUGGUUUAAAGGCAAAAAAACAAGCUGUCUGUGUUUUAUAGUUCAACGUUAUUAAUAUAACUCGGUGGAAAGGCAGCAAGAUAGUUCAGUAGGUUAAUACUCUGAAGCCUUCAGGUGGCACAAAGCUCACACAGUCCAAUUUAAUUCCCAGGGAGUCCAUUCAACCGGACAUCAAAAGUGGUACAAUUAAAUUGAAUAACCGAACCAGUGGUUUCUAUGGUGCUUUGGUAGCCCUGACUGCUCUUUAAGAGCCACGUAUUUUAAUUCAAUGAAGAGCGUUUCUUACGGUUAUUGUCUUAUUAGAGUUGGGUGCUAAAAGUAGAUUCUCAAAUUCGAAGCUUAUUCCAUACUUUAAAUUUAAACGGAC